UAAAUACCAAAUGCUAAUUAAGUGAGAAAUGGUGGAACAAAACACCCAACUGCUCUUCUGAUGUCAUCAAUCAAUAAUAGUGCUUGAUCAAUAAAACAAAUAAAUGAUAUAAUAACAAACACUAACUUUUGGGAACUGAGAUUAAAGGCUUAAAACUGGCAAAAAUUGCCAUGCAGUGCACAUUUACACCCAGUGCUGUCAAAAUAAUCAAUAGUACAACAAAGGCACAUGCACAUUUCGAAUCAAUAGCACUUAAUCAUUUCCAGAUGAGUUAAAAUGGAGGAGCUGUAAAAGGCUGACACAAAGUAAAACAUGCGGACAUCUUUCUAUAGAUCCAAGGUGCCAAUAAUCUGCAGCAUCUUAACCAUCACUGCAUUACUAUGGAUAGCACAGCAUUCUCAGUCUUCUCAACCACUGGCCAGGCUUACAGAAAACCAUCAUCCAGAUUUCAAAGACAAUCCUAAAGACGGGAGUUAUCUCAAAGACCUGGGACAAUCAUCAGCAAGGAUUUUACAGAAGAAGACUUUAGUUACCAUUCCCAAGAUAAUCCAUCAGUACUGGCCUGAUUACCACAUUCCACCAAACACACAGUCCUGGAUAUCAUCAUGGGAAUCCAAGAACACGGACUGGCAGCACUGGUUCUGGACACAAGAUGCUGUGGAUAAGUUUUUCAAAAAGUUCUAUCCCAGUUUUCAAAAAGAAAUGUCUACUGCCAAUAGUACCAAGCAGCACAGAAUCAUAAAGGAAGAGAUAGUCCGGUAUUUAAUCAUCUACGAGUUUGGUGGACUCUUUGCUGAACUUGACGUGGAGUGUUUACGACCUCUAAACAGAGCACUGGCUGGUAAAGUGUGUGUUCUAGCUGAGCAGCCGGCUGAACACGCACUUUUGUUUCAAUAUCCAACUGGGAGCAAACUGCUCAGCAGUGCUUUACUGAUGUGCCGUCCACACCAUCCUUUUUAUAAGAUGGUAAUUGACAGUAUCAAGGCAGGCACCACAGUGGACAGCAGUCCUGUAACUCUGAGCACACUGUACAACUCAUAUAUGCAGAACCCACCAACCUUAAAGCUAGAUUACAUAAGCGUAGCACCAGCUAAUCAGUUUAACCCAAGUUUUGAUGUGCAGGCCACCCAAAACUUGCGAAUCAGAUGUGCAGAAUCUAACAAAACUAAGCAAGAGGAAAAACUUUGCCAAAAACUUGUCAAGAGAAAAUUCCAGAAUGAGCCAAUAUGGCCCUCCUCCUACACAGACCACAAAUGGCUGCCACAUGAUUAUGACCAUUCUCAGCCACAAGGACGUUACUCGAAGCAGAGCAAAACAGAUGUCAGAAAAUUUCUUAAUGAGACUAUUCUUCCCGCAGAAAAAAUUGAUGCACUUAACAGCAGAUAAAUAACUUACUCACAUUUUUUGUAUAUAAGAAGCCAAAAUUGACAAGUAUUUUGACAUACAGCAUAAAGAUUUUGUCUCCUUUGUUUUUUUCUUGAA